CAAGAAGCGGGUCACAGGUGACGUCAUUCCGGAAAGCCACCCUGAUUGGAGGGAAGGAGGCGGAGUCCAGUUUCCCUGGUGACGGGUUGUCCAGUGGUCGCCUGGUAACCGGUCUUGGCUGUACUGGUGGCAGCAGGGCGCUGGCGUAGUCCAGAGGGGGCCCGAUCCCGCGCUGGACUCUCCGUCCUGCGAUGACUGCUGCCCUGGCCGUCGUCACGACAUCGGGUUUGGAAGAUGGGGUGCCUAGGUCGCGUGGCGAAGGGGCCGGGGAAGUGGUCGUGGAGCGGGGGCCCGGCGCGGCCUACCACAUGUUCGUGGUGAUGGAGGACUUGGUGGAGAAACUGAAGCUGCUCCGCUUCGAGGAGGAGUUCCUUCGGAAGAGCAACCUGAAGGCCCCAUCCAGACACUAUUUUGCACUCCCUACCAACCCUGGCGAACAGUUCUACAUGUUUUGUACUCUUGCUGCCUGGCUGAUUAAUAAAGCAGGACAUCCCUUUGAACAGCCUCAAGAAUAUGAUGACCCUAAUGCAACAAUAUCUAACAUACUUUCCGAGCUUCGGUCAUUUGGAAGAACUGCAGAUUUUCCUCCUUCAAAAUUAAAGACAGGUUGUGGAGAACAUGUAUGCUAUGUUCUUGACUGCUUAGCUGAAGAAGCAUUGAAAUAUAUUGGUUUCACCUGGAAAAGGCCAGUAUACCCAGCAGAAGAAUUAGAAGAAGAAAGUGUUACAGAAGAUGAUGCAGAAUUAACAUUAAAUAAAGUGGAUGAAGAAUUUGUGGUAUGUGUGUAGCUGAACUUUCUGUUCAUCUUCACCUUUAGGCCCCUUUCCAUUCUCUUAAUUUCCCCCAGACUUCCAUUAUCAGGAAUGUAUUUUAUGUCAUUGUUUCUAAAAAUGAAAAGCUUUU